AACAUGUCGAAUGUGCGGAGGUGCCUAUCAACAAAAUUAUUUAAAACUUUCAGUAAUCUCUUCUCUUAAAUCUAAAACUACCGUAUUGUUGCUGCAGCUUAAUAAACUAGUAUUGCGCUGACACAAAGAAAAAACCAACUGAGUUGAGCAUCGCUGGCUAUUAACUCCCUUUCUUUUAAUUAAAUCAUUUUUUUUCCAAGUAAGUACUAUGUUGGCAAAAAGAGUUACACAAAACAAAUUUAGAAAUAAAAUUUCACAAUACAUCACUUUGCUACCUGCCUACCAUUGUUUUCAUUACCUUCCAUAAUAAUUACAUCUGCUCAAGGUUAGCCCGCCUUUUUACAUCGCAAAACUUAACAAACUCUUUAGUUGUUAAAAUAUACUCAAUCACGGUAGACCGAAACCUAAAGUAGUGCAAUUUAAAAACUAUAAAACAUAAGCAAUCUUCAUAAAUUUGCCGCAGUCUGCUUAUGUGCUUUUAACACCUACACUUCAUAGAUAUUAGUAGCAGCGCACUAAAAUGGGUAGCAUACGUAAAGCGCGCAUACCGGGAUUCGUUUGUCGCUUAUGCACCGCGCUGAGCCGCGUGGUUAUCCACAUAUUUGGUAAUCGCGGCAAGAAAUUGAACUUAGUGGAGAAAGUUAAUAAAUACGUGCCAAUUAAAAUAUCACCAACCGAUUCAUUGCCGAAAGCGAUUUGCCUAAAAUGCCUCAACCGGGUGGAGAAGAAUUACGCGCUCAUGAGGCGUUUAGCGCAUAUAAACUGGUUAGUAGAGAUAAGUCACAGACGCAAUGUUUCCGAGCCUGCUGCUGUUUCGAAUACCGAUUUUCUUAUGUGAGGAAGAUUGUAAUGAACAGAUGUGACAUAUUGAGAUAUUACAACCACUUUGCUAUUGACAACGAUAUUGGAAACGGAAAAGUGUUUUUUUUUUCACAAUUAAAAAACAAAGUAUUGCAGCGAGCUGAUAUAAUAAAAUAUAAUAAAUAAAUCAACAGCCAUAGCAGACGUAUUAAACUACAAAACUUUAACGAAAAAA